UCUUCCGGAAGGCGGCGUCCAUUUUCCUCGUUGGUUCGUCUGUUGUCGGCGCGUCGUUCUUAUAGCGGCCCUGUUAUUUAUUUAAAUAUCUAAGGAAAACUGAAUCAAAAUGGAAGGCGCACCAAGUGGUAGAGGUAGUUUCAGAGGUCGUGGUGGCCCUGGUGGUCCAAUGCGAGGACGCGGUGGCUUUGGUGAUAGAGGAAGGGGUGGACCUCCAAGAGGCGGAGGUAUGAUGAGGGGACGUGGUGGUCCAGGAGGAGGUAUGCGAGGAGGUCCACCUGGUAUACGUGGUAGAGGUGGUCCACCCCGAGGAGGAAGAGGAGGACACUUCCCACCUGGAGGACCACCGGAAUCUGGAAUGGGAGGAGGGCCUGGUAAUGGACCAUUACCACCUGGAAUGGGAGGACCUCCACGGGGAGGAGGUAGAGGAGCUGGUGGAUUCCGGGGUGGAAGAGGUAGAGGUGACUUUGGGCGAGGUGACAGCCGUGGUGGGUCUGGUGGCGGCUUCAGAGGUCGUGGUGGUAUGGAUCGUGGAGGUCGAGGAGGUCCAAGAGGUAGCGGAGCACCCAGAGGUGGACCUGGUGGAAGGGGAGGAUUUGGUGACCGUGGUGGACGAGGUGGAAGUUCAGGAGGAAGAGGUGGACCGACAAAACGUGGAGGUGGACCACCUGGAUCCAGUGGCCCGGCUAAAAGGCCCAGGUUUGAUCAGCCACCGUCACAAUCAGCUAAUGGUUACUCAACACAAACUUCGGCUGGUCAAAGCGGAUAUGGGGGCGGAUCAGGUAAUGGGUACAGCGGGCAGCAACAACAGCAACAAUCGGUUGGUGGCUACGGAGGUUACUCUCAACAAGGCUACUCUCAAUCAUAUCAGGGCUAUGAAAGCUAUCAGCAACCUUCCGAAUACACCCAAGCUGCGGGAUACACGGCGCCGGCUGCACCCGAUAGCAGGUACGGUGGACCACCUCCUGCUCCAACUAGCUCCUACAACUCCGCAGAUCCCUACAGUUAUGGCAAGACACCUGCUGCAGACUACGCGUCACAAGACGGCGUGUACGGGAAGCAGGAUUACGGUGGCAGUGCUGGUUACCAAAACGCCCAGUCUCAACGACGCUAUUAAAUCUUACUGAGAUUGUCGACUAUUUAAUUCCUACUAGUAACUAGACUCCUCUAUUUGCAAAAGGCAAAACAUGAUGCAUUAUGGCAGACCUUCCUAGCGAGCGACAAAGUGGAGUUAUACGUAAUUAAAACUGGGCGAGCCGAGCCAUCGGUCGCAAGCGUGUUUUACGUAGGCGUUAAGGUCCGACUAACCAUGUAAUGGACUCGGUCGAGGAGGUGUCCUCGAAUUCGAGAAUUUCGAGGAUUUAAAUGAGGAGGCGAGGUGGUUAGAGCCAGAGAGCGAGACGGAGAGCACGCGCGACCUCGACUCUUGUCGCACGUUCCCGGGGGUAAUCUUUUUGCAAAGCUGCACAAGACGUGACGGUGUGGCUUGUACUUGCAGCUGAUAAGUGCACGAGAUAAAGGAAACAAACAAAAAAUAUAUGACGAAAGCGUUUUAUACUUGACUGUCGGUUACACGCGCGAACACCGUAAUUUAACACGUUUCUCGUUGAACCGAGAAUUGUUUCGUCUGGGUUUUUCUCUAUUUUUCUUUUUUUCCCUCUCAAUAGAGUUAAGAGUUUCGUCUCGAUGUACAGUCACGUUUUGCCUCGGAUUCGGAUCUCGAUAUCAGGAGGAGAAUUAGGGAGAAAGAGGGAAACACGGAGAACCGAGCAUGAGACAUUUUUCGAGUAGACCCCGGCAUUGUAUAUUUAUUGUACUACGAGAUAAAGGGUUCUAAAAAAAAUAUAUAUAUAUAUAUAAAAAACGGCGAGGACAAUUCGCGGUUUAAUGAGAGGCUCGGAACGCGUCCCUCUUUAUUAUUUUCUUUUUUUCUCGUCCGCUGCGCGAACGGAUUUUUCGAGUCCACGGCCCUAUUAGCAGAAUUUCCGCAUGUUUCUUUUUUCUUUUUUUUUCCCUUCUUUUAUCACGAAAAGCACUCGCCAAUGUUGAUCCAGCUUUCUUCGAAUCCUUGGAGGAACCUCGGUUUUCGUUUUAACCCGUAUCUCAUUCUUUUUAUAAAUUUUAUAUCAUCUCGCCUUAACGAGACCAUGCAUACGGUGCAAUCAUUAUUAAUAUUCGCAGUAUCGAAUUUCGGGUGGAUAGGCAGAACGCGAAACACGAUAUAGAAAUCGAUCCGAAUCGAGUUUAAAGAGACAACCGGUCGACGCGAUUCCUUAUCAUUCUACUUUGGGCGGGAGAUAUUUUCUUAAUACGCCAAACGGAGACAAUCAAAAAGGGAUAAAGUACGCGGAAAGCUGUUUCACGUUGAGAGCAGGCGUGGUUUUUCAUCUAGCCAGAAACUUGCGUGUCUUGAUUUAGAAGGGAGUGACAUUAUACGAUAUAUAUACAUAUAUAUCGUGUCUCGGUGUAGUGUGAACAUUUACGAAUACGGCAGAUUAUUGAUUAUUAUUGAUAAAUAGUGAGGGAAGGAGGAAAGAGAGAGAGGGAGGACAAGGCUGGAGAGAAACCGGCCGGACGUUCCGAUUAACGUAUAAUAAUUAAUUAUUAAUUAUCCGAUGUCUAUUCUAUAAUAAUGUCAUUUUCCUAGUAGUAGCGUUGACCGAAUACUGUAAGCAAUAGAAGGAACCUUGAAAAUGGAAACGAAUCGUUGGAGAUAAGAAAAAAAAAAAAAAAGUGUGGAAAAGAAAAACAACGUAAUAAUAUCAAUGAUAAAAGAAUUAAUUCACUACCAAUCCACAGUGGCGAUACCCUUUGCAUUCAUUACCUCCUCACCUUCUGUGCAAGAGAAAUGGCUCGAUUAAUGAGUGUUAACCAGCAACUGCCCUAGGAAACCGGCGCAACCAAAUUAACUAAUGGGCAGCACAAAUAGAGACCUCUACUAUUGUUUAACAAUCCUUGCUCUCAACGAGAGCACGUAGGUGUGCCACUCGCUUGCAAAUAAGUGUGCGAUCGCUAUCACGAGCAGGUCCGCAGGUAAUGCAAAACCUUUAAUACCUCUAAAACUUAUCUGUGCGUAUUUCCUCAUUUUUGUUCUCUCUCUGUGAAGAUUUUCUUCUUUUUUUUUUCAUUUUUUUUCCUUCUUUCCCCCCCAUCUGGUGCGAGAGCCUUUUCCAGUCAGCCCGAUGAAUCGACGCGAAGAGGUUCUCCGUCCAUAUUUUUAUUUUUUUUUUUUUUUUAAAGGGGGCUCCAAGUUUUGGACAGUUCAAAGUAAAGUACCAUUUUUUUUUUCCCCUCAUUUAUAUGUAAGGGAUCAUUUUUGGUAACUCGGGUGAUGAUAAUCGGGGGGUAUUUCGUGCAUUUGCGAUGGUAUUUUGACAUUUGCCGGAUGGAGGCCGAUCAUUAGCCACAUCCGGUUAAAAAGUAAGUACCAUGUACUGUACGAUUAAAUCCUGCGAGAUGUAAAAUAUCCCACGAUUUGUCAAGCCCGGUUGCCUAAAACGAAUCCGUACGUCACUAGCGUUAAUAAUUGAAGUGCUUAUGACUAAGAUCUUUUUGAUAUUAAUAUAUUUAUAUUUAAUAUAUUUAUACGCAAUGUCGAGGACGACUUGCGGGAGAACAUGAUGUGGUCUAUGAGAGAUUUCACGAAAACAAAGUUUAUUUCACAGGCGUAGGCGAGUGAGAGAAAGAGAGAGAGAGGGAAAGAGAGGGAUUGAGAGAACAGAACAAAAGAAAGCCCAUUAGAGCUCCGUUAUCAACGAGGAGAUGCCCGAUACAGGCUAAAGUAUCGAAAGCAGGAAUCCUUUAUACGCUAUCGUAAUCUCUAUGGCCCCGUCCAAUGCAUAAUAUUUAAAUAUAAUCUUAACUAGAUUUUAUCACUCUUUAAUUAGCCAGACGCCGUGUAUACGACAUAGUUCAUUCCUAGUUUGUUCGAUGUGACGACAAUGAGUGUGUACAGAGAUGUUAAGAUUUGUCUGUAAUGAAAAAUCUGAUGUCACGCCAUAAGUUUAACUCUGUGUGUACACGAACGUAAGUUCUCGUUGUUUGCGGUAACAAUAGGCGGUGCAUAAAAAUUGCCCCGAGAUAGAUCGAUUUUCUCUUUGCGACAAAGCCGGAAGAGGGGAAAGUAGAGGCGGUAAAAAGUCACGUUUGAUUAGCCCGUAAUUUCCUUAUCGGGAGGAAAGCAAUUUAGACAAUGUACGGACACUUUUCUUCCGGUUUCGUCGACCGAGUGAAGGAAACUAAAGAGUGGAGGAAAACUUAACGUCAAGCAUAAAUCGUCAAUGGAAGAGAGCUUUUCACAUUCUCGGUUAAGAGAAAUAAGUCAUACGUGUGGUAUAUAUAAUAUACAUAUCAUAUAUCGAGAGUACGAAUUACGAGUCAUAUAUAACAAGCCCAAUGGAAACGAGAAGCACAAACUAAAGCUAAACGAUUUUAAACCGCAUAAUGCCAGUAAAGUCGAAAGUUCGAGUAGACCUCACAGCCCAUAUACUCAGGUGAGUAAAAUCAUAUCAGUACCUAUUCGUUCUUUCUUUGUACAGAGAUAUGGUAGCACGCCGUAUUAAGCUAAGGAGAGGAGGCUUAUCGUUUAGCUCAUUUUGCACUCUUGGGCGAACUCGUAGUUUUUGCCAUACGUAAUGUCCUAAGAAAGAGGGAGGAGCACAAACGAGAACGGGAGGAGAGUCGAUGACGAACUCCCGGAUUCACGUUGUAGGGACCUUAACUCGAAGAAGAAGAAAAAAGAAAAGAAAAAAAAAUAAAUAAAGGAACUGGCUCGAUGAGGGACGUAGAAAACGACUUAGGGAUUUUUUCUUAAGGCCAAAGAAGCACCGCAGCGAUGCACUAUUAUCUCGCUAUUGAGACGAUAAUUAUGGCUAGGGUCGGUACGCUGCCUCGAUAAGACGAUAUUACCGAAGAUCAGUCGCAAGGGCAGCGUCGAUCGUCUAAUCGACGGCUAGGACGGAAUACGUAGGACGGAUAAGGAUGUGUUAAUCAUUCCCACCAUCCGAUGGACGCGAUGUGUGGUAACAGAGAGGCGAUAGGACCCAAAUCGCUCGACGAACGGAUGGGACUGGAGCGAUCGCUCCUUUCCUAUUGUUUCUUUUUCUUUUUUUUUUACUCUCUCCCUUCUCUUUUUAUGAAUCACGGUAGCACUCUGGAAUAUAUAGCUCACGUUUAUUAUAUAACGUUGCGGUCGAGUCGGAUUAUAUUUGGCGUAGGUCCAUGUAGUAGACGGAUAUAUUUCCAAUUAACGGCCGGCCCCCUCGGCGCUCUGUUCUCAUAUUGUGGUUUUCUCUGUAGGUUGAGGGGAGAGAAUAACUCGAGAACUGGAUUCACCGGAGGAAGAGCAACGUCCCAGGCCACAUGACUGGCUGCACCGGAUUAAGUAAACGGCUAGCUCGGUGACUUAUUCCAUAACGAGGAUCCGAGAUGGUUUCCCUUCUGGGUCGAGGAAGGUAGAUGCGUUGAUAUUGCCAUUUCAAUUGCGUCCAACCCAGAGGUGCAGGUUUCUCGAAAAACCCUGCGUCCUUCGCAUUGUAAUUGUCCCGGAUUUUUCUUCAAAUAAAGAGAGACUGGAACACGGAA